CUCUCCCCAGACACCAUGGCCUUGGGCGCCCCCAGGAGGGGCCUUCUGAUGCUGCUGAUGGCUCUGGGCCUCACCCAGGGUGACCCUGUGAGAACCUCCUGGGAGCAGCUGAUAAACUGUACCUGCGAGAACCCACACUGCAGGGGCCCCACCUGCCAGGGAGUCUGGUGCACUGUUGUGCUGUUGAGGCAGGAGGGCGGCCCCCCUGAGCAGCUCCGGGGCUGUGGGAGACUGCAUGAGGAGCUCUGCUGGGGGCGCCCCACCGAGUUCCUCCACCACCACUGCUGCUACAGUUCCUUCUGCAAUCAAAACAUGUCCUUGGAGCUGCAGGUCACUCGAACUCCUCCAGAGGAGCCGCGGGUAGACAGUCAGCUGCCUCUGGUCCUCGGCUCAGUCCUGACCCUGCUCGCCCUGCUGGGCCUGGGUGCCCUGGGCCUGUGGCACUUCCGGAAGAGGGAAAAGAAGCAUUGGGUUCUGCACAGCGAGCUGGGCGAGUCCAGCAUCAUCCUGAAGACGUCUGAGCAGGGGGACAGCAUGCUCGGGGACCUGCUGGACAGUGACUGCACCACAGGCAGUGGCUCGGGGCUGCCCUUCCUGGUGCAGAGGACAGUGGCACGGCAAGUCGCCCUAGUGGAGUGCGUAGGAAAGGGCCGCUAUGGUGAGGUGUGGCGGGGCCUGUGGCAUGGUGAGAGUGUGGCUGUCAAGAUCUUCUCCUCCAGGGAUGAGCAGUCCUGGUUCCGAGAGACAGAGAUCUACAACACAGUGCUGCUCAGACAUGACAACAUCCUAGGCUUCAUUGCCUCGGACAUGACCUCUCGCAACUCGAGCACGCAGCUGUGGCUCAUCACGCAUUACCACGAGCAUGGCUCGCUCUACGACUUUCUGCAGAGGCAGACGCUGGAGCCUCAGCUGGCUCUGAAGUUGGCCAUGUCUGCAGCCUGUGGACUGGCUCAUCUGCACGUGGAGAUCUUCGGCACGCAGGGCAAACCGGCUAUAGCCCAUCGCGACCUGAAGAGCCGCAAUGUGCUGGUCAAGAGCAAUUUACAGUGCUGCAUCGCGGACCUGGGCCUGGCUGUGAUGCAUUCCCAGGGUAGUGACUACCUGGACAUUGGCAACAACCCAAGAGUGGGCACCAAGCGGUACAUGGCACCCGAGGUGCUGGAUGAGCAGAUCCGCACCGACUGCUUCGAAUCGUACAAGUGGACUGACAUCUGGGCCUUUGGCCUGGUGCUGUGGGAGAUCACCCGUCGGACCAUUGUCAAUGGCAUUGUGGAAGACUACAGACCACCCUUCUAUGACGCAGUGCCCAAUGACCCCAGCUUUGAGGACAUGAAGAAGGUGGUGUGUAUUGACCAGCAGACCCCCACCAUCCCCAACCGGCUGGCUGCAGACCCGGUCCUCUCAGGAUUGGCUCAGAUGAUGCGGGAGUGUUGGUACCCCAACCCUUCUGCUCGCCUCACUGCCCUGCGGAUCAAGAAGACACUACAGAAACUCAGCAACAGUCCGGAGAAUCCCAAAGUGAUUCACUAGUUUUAGAGCGUGGCCCCCUUCUACCUGCAGGGAG